CCCUACGAAUUCUGCUAGCAUAGUUUGAAAUUUGGCGAAAAGAUUGUAUUCCAGGAGUUUAAAUUAUGUUCCACUUAAAUCUGUAAACUCGGGCCAGGUGUCCCGUGAUCGACGCUCUGUGUCUUAUGAAAUAAAAAAUUAUCUAUUUCUUUAGAACUUAUGGCUGCCUAGAAUGAUUUGUCUCAUGUACCAUUUUACCUGGAUUAAAGAAUCUAUAUUUUGCUAUUGAAAAGAAUGAAGGGCCAGAUAAAACAAAUAUUCCACAAAAUGUGCGUCAUAGAAAAUCUGAAGGAAUCAAAACACGGAUUCGAAAAAUCAUCUAGUUUUUCUGAUGGACGUAGAAAUGUAGAGCCAUAAAAUUGAGGAUAAUCAAAAAAGGGAAACUUCAAGUUAUCCUAUAGCUCUCAAUACAAGAGCCUACUUUUCAAAGGGGAUCCCUGUUGAAAAUGAGUCCGCUCUUUUCAUUCCUCCCGCUGUGUGAGAUUUCAAUAUUCGUCUUGCUGAAGGAGGUUCAUGUAAUUUUAGCGACCGGACGAUGGAGAGCGGAUGAUUUUUAAAUUCGUGUGCUUCAUGUUUUUGCUAAUGCUGAAAUAAAUUUGCGAUCGUCAGGACGAAAAUGGAAUAGGUCGUGAUCGGAAAGCACUGACGAGAAUGUCGUCGAGGAACUUAUUUCUCAUCGCGUGCCAAAGCGUGAAAAGAAGUCUCUGGCGAACCACCAUCAGAAGGAGUAUCGAGCGAAACUUCUCGGCCGGUUUCGUGAAAAAUGAAAAUUUCCCGACGCUAGUUCAUCAGAAUUAUACCCGUCUCACUUUCUCAACUUCCGGAGUCGAUUGGAAAGCAAAAGACCGGGGGAAGGAGAAGAAACAUAAGCAUCACUUGGCAAUCGACGAAGAGGAAAUCGGCCAAGUUAUUGAAGUCGAAAAGUACAAGGAGAAACUUGAAAAAGCGCUCAUGGGCCUCAAGAAGCUCUACGCUGAGCAAGUGUCAUUACGCACUGCGACAGGUUCCCUGAAUUCGUUGAAAGUGAAGUUGGAGGGCGACACGUUCCCAUUGAUGGAAAUUGCGCAAAUUGCGUACAAGACUCCUCAAUUGAUCGUCAUCAAUUGUGCAGCUUUUCCCCAAGCAACGAAGGAUGUGAUGCAAGCUCUCGAAGCUUCAGGAAUGAAUUUAAAUCCCCAACAAGACGGUACUACUAUUUAUGUCCCCGUGCCAAAAGUGACGAAGGAACAUCGUGAUCAGUUGGCGAAGAAUGCGAAGCUAUUCUUCAACAAAUGCAAGGAAAAUAUUCGAGAUUUGCGAAACAAGUAUGUGGCUGAUGUCAAGAAAAUGGACAAGUCAUUUUCUGUAGAUGUUUUGUUCUCUGUUGAACAGCAGGUUCAUGCCAUGAGUGAGAAUUACGUCCACGCGGCCGAAGAGAUCAUGAAAGCGAAGCAAGCCGAAUUGUUAAAUGUGAAAUGAUUUCGCAGUCCGCGGAAUUAGUUCUGCUCAGGAUGCUGUCAAAAUCUAUGGAAUGUUUUCUACGCCAUUUUCGUGCACGGAACGCUUUCACUGCGCUGGAAUGUCGAUAUAAAAAAACUCUCACGUGCGACAUCUGUUUAUUUCUUCAUCAUUCCUAACUCGAGUCGGCGACACUUUGCUCGUGAGAUGUCGUCUGCAUGCAUUGCGUAAAGAUGUACUGUAUUUAAAAAAAAGUACUCGCAUUAA